AGUCCGACUUGACCUACGUCCCAUCGAUAAAACAGCGCGUGUCCUUCUCUCUCACGGCGCAGUCGCGCACCUGGAGAACAGAGCGAUCAGUAGCCCGCACUAUAUCGCAACAGAACAGUGCUAGUUCGACGGUUCGCGGAGAACGUCGUGCUGCGGUCGGCGCGGCGCGCAGCCGCCCUUGUCGUCUUCUCUCUUUCUCUCUCAUUUUCGCGCGCACAUAUACCUAUACGUGAAAAAAAAUCCAUCGUCGUCUACUCAUCCUGCAGUCAUUCGUGCGUUUGCGUGCGGUAUAGAUACUCGCGGAGAUAUAUAGAGAGUCGAGUUCAGUCCCAGGAAAUGUCCGGAGAUGAUAGGCUUGGCCGCAGCUCCGGCUCAGGAGCGAGCGGCUGCAUCAGGGCUAGCCGAGCAGCCCUGAGCCACGAUGAUGAUGGCCUGAUCUCGACUCGCCCGUUGUAACUCUCUCAUCAGGAAGCCAAGUAGUUCGAGAUGGACCAGCCUAAGAACAGGCAGAGCAGACCUCGAUUGCGCACACACAGUAAUUCUGCUAGAGUCCUAGUGUUUGACCAGGCUGAGUCGCAGGAGCGAUCUGCUGCCAGCAGCACCAUGGAGCCACAGCAACAGCAGCAGCAGCAGCAGCAGAAGCAGCCGGAGGUGCCCCGUAGGCUACUGUCAACAUCCAAAGUUGAGAGCAAGGAGGCUCCGGUGAGACCAGUGAGCACUGAACUCUCGAAUCUUGUGCGUAUGCGCAAUUCUGCAAUUGGAAAGUCUGCCCCCUCUUUGUCUAUUCACAUGCGUGACUUCAACAUACCACGAAGAGCAGCCAAAGCAUCUCACAGAAAAUCCUUCAUUUCCACUACCUCUCCAACUCUGCCUAGAUGCCACUCCCCUCUAUCAGCAUUCGUCCCGAUCGUAGGCAGUCCCCUGGAAAGUCCUAGGAUGUCAUCCAGUCCACACUUUGCUUUUGUACCAAUAAAAAGCAGGAUCGGCGGAGGCGCGACAAAUACAGCAGACGGAAGACGAUGGUCCGUCGCGAGUCUACCCUCCAGUGGAUAUGGGACUACUCCUGGCUCCAGCAAUGUUUCGUCCCAGUGCUCGAGCCAAGAGCGCCUGCACCAGCUUCCGAACAUUCCGACGAAGGACGAGCUGCGUAUGCUGUCCUGCCACUUCUCGAAGCCGGGCACGCCCUGUUCUUCCGUGCAUCCGGGCUUUCCAGGUAGUAGCAACAGCAGCGGUGCCGGGACCAUCGGAGGCCACAACCACAGCCUCGACGAGGAAUCCGCCGCGGGCGGUCGUCGAUCGCCGCUUCACCGGCCGCGAUCGCGAAGUCUCAGCUCGCCAAGUCGCUCACCCAUUCUCGACAGCGAGAUCGUCAUGAUGAACACUUUGUACAAGGAGCGUUUUCCCAAGGCUACUCAGCAGAUGGAGGAGAGACUGACGAAUUUCAUCAAUGAGAACAAGGACAUAGACGAGUACGAGAUGGUGACUCAUAUGGCCCAGGACUCGUUGCCGAUUCUAAGAUUCGUGCAUCAUCAGGUCAUUGAGAUGGCUCGCGACUGUCUACAGAAGUCCCAGGAGAAACUCAUCACCACGCGUUACUUUUACGAGAUGAGCGAGAAUUUAGAGCAUCUGUUGAUGGAGACUAAAGAUAAAUCACUUGAGGCGGCGACGCGAUUGACGGGACUCAUAAAGAAACUCCUGCUGAUCAUAUCGCGGCCCGCCCGACUGCUCGAGUGUCUCGAGUUCGAUCCCGAGGAGUUUUACCAUCUACUCGAGCAGGCCGAGGGUCAAGCCAAAAUAACAAUUGGAAUAGAGAAGGACAUUCCGCAGUAUAUCAUAAACAAGCUGUCCUUGAAUCGUGACCCAAUUUCAGAACUGCAAGAAGAGAUGAAUAAGCUCGAGGAUUCGGCGAGUUCCAGCGAUAGCAACCUGCAAUUAGCCACGUCCAGUCCUAAUAAGCAGGACGAGCAGAGAUCGCGAGUUCCAUGCGAGAGUGACUAUGAGAUACUGAAGUUGAUCAGUAAUGGUGCGUACGGAGCUGUCUACUUGGUGAAGGAAAAAUCUACGAGGCAGCGAUUCGCCAUGAAAAAGAUCAACAAGAAUAACCUGAUGCUCAGAAAUCAGGUUGAGCAAGUGUUUGCUGAACGAGACAUUAUGAGCUUCACAGACAAUCCUUUCGUAGUUUCUAUGUACUGCUCUUUCGAAACUAAAAAACAUUUGUGCUUGGUAAUGGAGUAUGUAGAAGGUGGAGAUUGCGCCAAUCUCUUAAAAAACAUUGGUCCUUUACCUCCUGAUAUGGCAAGAUUUUAUUUCGCGGAAACGGUUCUCGCUGUUGAGUAUCUACACAGUUACGGAAUUGUUCACCGCGAUUUAAAGCCUGACAAUCUACUGAUUACUGCGUUGGGUCACAUAAAACUCACUGAUUUCGGCUUGAGUAAAAUGGGUCUUAUGUCUCUUGCCACAAACUUAUACGAGGGGUAUAUCGAGAAGGACACCAGACAAUUUUCCGACAAACAAGUUUUUGGCACACCCGAAUACAUUGCUCCGGAAGUGAUAUUGCGCCAAGGUUACGGCAAACCUGUUGAUUGGUGGUCUAUGGGAAUAAUACUGUACGAAUUUCUUAUCGGCUGUGUUCCAUUCUUUGGUGAAACGCCAGAAGAACUCUUUGCUCAUACAGUCAAUGAUGACAUUGAGUGGCCAGACGAGGACGAUUGGCCUGUACAACCUGAAGCAAAGGCAAUAAUAACAGCUCUGCUCCAUCAAAGUCCUCGAGAACGUUUGGGAACCGGUGGCUCCCACGAAGUCAAAGAUCACCCUUACUUUUACGGAGUUAAUUGGAAUACUCUUCUUCGUCAGAAGGCAGAAUUCGUCCCUCAAUUGACGAACGACGAAGAUACGAGUUAUUUCGAUACCCGUAUGGAUCGUUACAAUCACGAUUUGGGUGAUGAUACGGACGACACGGACGACUCCCCGUUGUUCGGCUCUUUCUCUUCAUACUCACCACAGUCCCGUAAGAUUUCUCAAACUCGCCCACCCAAUCUGAAUCCUGAAUCAGAGCCAGAUUCACUGAAAAAGCAGCUCUUCAGAACUGAACUUGAGAGAACCGUGGCACAAUUGUCUUUGAAUUCGCCGGUAUCUGCUCCGUCAUUCCCAUCCAAAUUGGAUGAUUCAUUGGAUAAGUCCAACGAUCAAGGUGAUAAAAGCACACUGAGCAGCAAUACUAGUUCAAGUAGUGCAAACACUUCUACGCCAGUUUCGUCCAGAACAGUGGAUCUCAAUAAGACUGCCAGUCCAGACACGGCGAGCAGCUCGGACUCGCAGUUGACAGUGCGAAAGACACCCCCGGCAGCGCCAACUCCCGGGACUGCCUGUCACAGCACUCCGGACAGCUCGCAAACAGAGUCGGACGAUAUCAGUCCACAGAUCCAGAGGAAGCGACUGGCUCACAACCGAGACAAGCUUCCCAGGUUCAGUAUUUCCUUCGAUGAUGAGAGUAAUAACACACUCGAUCUGACAACGGCGAAUAGAGAUUCCCUUGAAGACAAGAUGAAUUCGAGUACGGAUUCGUUCGAGUCCUUCUCUGCCUUACCUCUGCUACCAACUGGCAAAACAAAAUCACGAUCCGUCAUCAAAUCGGCGUCCACUAGUGGUCUGUCUCUAGUUAUACCGACCGGUGACUUUUCAUUUGAUCCGUCUACAUCCGUGCAGGCGAUAGAAUCUCCAGGAGGUUCGUCGACGGCUUCAUCACGCGACACCUCACCAUGUCGAGAAUUGAGUCCUUUAGUCACUAGUCUGAAACCUCCGAUAAUUAUUCGAAGAGGUCCACGCGGGUUCGGAUUCACUGUACAUACGAUAAGGGUUUACUACGGUGAUAGUGACUUUUACACUAUGCAUCACCUGGUCAUGGCUGUGGACCAAUCAAGCCCAGCAUUCGAGGCUGGCCUGCGACCCGGCGACCUGAUAACCCACAUAAACGGUGAACCGGUUCAGGGUCUGUAUCACACUCAGGUGCUGCAACUGAUGCUCAGCGGUGGCGACCAUGUCACACUUCGCAGCACACCGCUAGAGAACACAAGUAUCAAAACCGGCGGUCGUAAACGAGAGCCCGCGCAGAGUAAGAUGGCCAGGCGAGCGCUGCACCAACGUCAACGAAAGCAAAAGCGCGACCACUCUGACAAGAAGCGCAAAACUUCGCUCUUUCGUAAAAUAAGCUCCAAGAGGGCCAGCGUCGAGAUGCAGCAGCCAUUAAGUAUCAGUUGUCCUUUGUCAGCACCUAUACUAUCCAGCGACAGCAAACCACCUCUUAUGAUGGCAGCAGGAAUAUGCUCGCCCUCGAUGGUGACUCCGUCGCGUUCCUUCCAGGCGUUUGCUCGCUCAGCGCAGCAGCAGCAGCAGCAAGAGUCUUCGAUGCAUUUCAGUCCGUCCCCACCGACGAACCGUCCAUUGUCUGAAUCUUAUUCUAUAGGUAACGCGAGUCCCUGUUCGAGUCCGAAUUCCUCGUCUGCUGGUUCAAGUGGUUCGUUGGCUUCCAUUGGAAGCGGUGCCAGCAGUGGUGGUCCUAACGGCAGUUCAACUGGCUGCUCAGCUGGCGUCAGUACCGGCAGUUUGGGUAGCCAGGCGCACUUCAGCCAGCGGCCGAGCACUCUUCACGGUUUGAAGCACAAGUUGCACACAGCCGCGAAGAACAUUCAUUCGCCGAAUCGACGGAAAUCCGUUGGACACAUUCCGCUCUCGCCGCUUGCCAGGACGCCUAGUCCGUCGCCCAUACCGGCUAGUCCUACUCGCAGCCCUAGCCCCUUGGCGUUUCCCACUGGCCACCAGCCCGGCAGCUCCAAUACUACCCAAUCCUAUAGUCCUGGAGCGUCUUUAUCCACGCCCAAUAGUCAGAAGAAGACGUAUGGUCGUCCAAAGUCGGCUGAGCCCGGCUCACCCCUGCUACGCCGAGCUCUCAGCCCUGACAGACUGCAUCCUCGUUCUGCUGAGAAUAAAACCUCUAUUUCACCGCUGGCUAACGCUGGUCUGGUCAAGGUGACGCCGCGACUCAGCAUUAGCGCUCAGAGCACCUAUCCCGAGAGCUCUGAUGAGGGUGGUGGUGGAUGUAGCGACUCCAGCCAACCGGGUAAGGACGAGCUGGGUUGCAAGGCCGAGUCCGGCAAGGAUAGGAAAUCCACAAUAGAGCCCCAGCAGAAGUCCGGCCCGGACUAUUCGAAACUCGGACAUGGCAUAUCUAUAAGUAUCGCUAACGUGCCCAUACCUAUGAACUCGAGUCAGUUGCCGCGCAUCGCUGAGGAAAAGGACUCGCCUACGGGUACCAAGGAUCUUGUCGAGGCGCCGGCUUCGGUGCCACCGCCCCCAUCUACACCUAGCACUGUCGAGCCCGUUAACAAAUUAGUCAAACAAAUUCAGGAUGAAUCUCUCUGUGAGACUUACGAUGUACAAAGGAAAAGCAGUGGCAGCGACGUCGGACUGCUGCUGACAAAAGCUACGACGACGACGACUAGUGCCGAGAGUAAUAGCGAUAUUAAUGGUAAAUGCGAUAGCAACGAGUCUCGAAAGUCAACCACCAAGAGCUUUCAGUCGGACGGUACCGCCUGUUCCUUCAGAACGGAUGCGAUGGCGACAACUACUUCUCAUCAGAGUAAUCCUUCCGCUGAUAAUAAGCAUAAAUAAGCACGAAUCUUUGAGUUUCUGCUCUGUCUUUUGGUUUUCGUACGAUUAUUUUAUAGCUGCAACGGCGUACGCAUAGUUUAUGAAAUUUGUACUCGUCCGUUUUGAAGUCUGAAGUUUCUGCGAAGAUGACGAGUUGGUUUGAAAAAGCCUUCAGCGGAAUCCGACUUUACGAGCUUUCUUUUAAGAAGCCACUUCAUGACGAUCGUCGGUUUUCAAGCUUAAAGAUAAUACGCGUCAGCGUUGGUCAAACAAGUGAUAAAACGCGAAUCUAUCUAUACGUAUAUAUUGAAAGUAACGAUUGCACUGCAUACAAUGUAUAGUCGUUAGUCGUCACUUUUUGUUAUUUUUGGAUUCACAAUUGCACGUUGGUGUUUUUUUUCACGUAAGUGCUUGAAAUUUUUUUAGAUGUAUUUAUUUGAAGCUUAUCCGUUGAGCUUUUGUACAUAUUUUCUUUAAUUUUAAGAAACGAUUUGAUUCUUCACAUCAAAACAAUUUUUCCGAGUAUAGCGAUGCUUUUUUAAAACGAGUACAGAAAUGUCGUGUUCAAGGUUUGACACCUCGGAAAAAGAGAAUAUAAAAUACAAUGCACUCUGGUUGAAAAACUCACUGCCUUUUAGAAAUUUUACUUGAAGUAUUUCUUCAACAAACAUUUCUUUUUUAUUUUCAUGGUCCUUUUAAAUCAGUCGAGCGAUUUCAUCGUCCUAUACGUAUAGUAAUAUGUAUUAGCAUAUACACUUUGCAAGCAAAUAAUUAAUAUAAAUAGAAGAAUAGCAUCUUCUGUAGUUACGAGCCACGUUACACAAAAGUUUCAAUAAUUAUUAAUGCUACUGCUACUGCUAAAUCCGACUGCAGUAUUUGUGAUCUCAACGUAUAUAUCAUAUAAUAAAUAAAUCAUGUCAGUUUUUUUUUUAACUUUUGAUUAAAUUUUGUGCCAAUCAAGCAGAUGUGAUGAUUGUCAAAUAUACUUAAUCAAGAUGAAUCUUGAUUUUUCCAAUACACUAUUUUUCUCAAACUUCAGCAAGAAAUGAAUACUUUUGAUGGACUCAAAUAGCGGUUAAAAAAUUGAUAUGUUGAAUCAACCAAUCAAGUGUGUGUUUCUCAUAAAAUUGUACACAAUUUUUAUGCAACUAGAUGAAUUAUCUAUAGAGUUGUUAAAGCAAAUAGUGAAAAUUCUCUUAUUAGCACUGUAUAAAAGGAUUUGGUGUAAUAUUUCGUGUUAUAAUGUAGUUAGAAUAAUAAUAUUAGAAAAAGAGUGUGAUGGUCAACAUGAUUUUUCAGACCGUAUGGUGUUUUUCAUUUUUUUUUUUUUUCGUGAAGUCGUAGUAAUGUAUCAUUAUUUCUCCUAAAAACGAUGCUAUUAAUUUAUAAUCAUAAAUAUAAAUACAUGAUAUGGAUUUUCAGCGUGCUUAUCAUGAAUGAAUAAGAUUUUUUAGUCAGCGGGUUCCUUAUUUGUACAUUUUUCUCUGUAUAUGUUGGUAUAAAUACUUGAUAUUAACUUUAUAAAUGCGCAUAAUGCAAUGUUAAAUACAUACCUAGUUUAUGCUUCUGCAUUUAUUUUGGCGUUGAAAUUUAUUAUAAAAAGGAGUUUAAUAAGUCGAUUUCAAUGCCUAAGGUUUUCGAUACAGCAUAACUUUUUCAACUAUCAACACCUCUGGUCUGUAACUGUGAUUCUCUCUAUCAAGAGUGUGAGCAUGUAGACAAUAUAACGCGUCUACCUUAUCUAUUAUAUUUUUGCCUUUUUUAAAAUUAAAUGCGUAUUUACAAUAGUAUGAAUAUAAUAAACGGGAGCGUUUCUUUUUUCUGACUAGCCCUUCUCUUAAGCAUAUGCAAACACUGUCCUAUGAAAGAGUAAAAGUAUCAAACGGUAUAAAUAUAAAAUUAUUUUUCGUGCUUUUGAAUUGCGCACAUGUUAUUGUUGUAUGUGUCCCUUUUUUAUAAUUCUGUGUGUACAGAUGUACUUUUUCGGAAUGAAGAUCAGUGAGGAAGUCAGGAAUGCAGAAAUGUAUUGGAUGUAUUCUCAUAUUUUUGUUGAAAACUGUUGAAAUUCUUCGUUGUAAUAAUUUUGUAUUUAUCAACAAUCUCAUAUGAAAAAAAGGUUGAGAAGAAAACUUUUUGCUCAUCUUUCACAGGAGGUGCACAGGUGUAAUGUGAACAACAUUUAUGUAUAAUGUCAUAUAUAUAAGAAGGAUACACAUCGAUUAAAUAAAAAGAAAUGCAUUUUCUCUUA